AAUAUAGGUGGGGAUACAACUAGAAAACUACAAAGCUGCAGUUCCUUGUUCAGGUGUUUCCUGUCUUUUUUAACUCUGUUUCUCACUGUGCUGUGUUGUGUAAUAUCAGAGCAGUGAGCACCAACAGCUCAUCUAGCUGCAGGUUUAGCCCUGGACCAUGGGUUUCUUUACAGCCGGGGGAUGAUUAUGAAGGUUACGUUAAUUUAGUUAGCUAGUUGUAACUAGCCGGCUAGCAUUUCUGAACUAGCAUAUCUGUAGCAGCUGAGCUGAGCUAGCCCGGUGUGUUCAGUGCGUUUAGAUGGAUGCCGCUCUGUCAGAGGGUGCAGAAGAUCCUGACACGUAUAAGAAACAUCAUAAACACCCCAUGGAUCCAGAGGUCUCUGUGAUGCUGCACUGUGCUCCCUCUCAGGGUCUGGAAGAACAUCAGAUCCGAGCAGAGAUAUCGACCAGGUUCAAUCGCAGAAGUUCUCCAGAGAUUGAGAAGCACAUUGAGGCUGUGUGGAAUGACAGAGUGACCAAAGAGCCAUGGCUUUUCAAUGGGGCCAAGUUCAGACUGCACUCAGCAGAACUGUCCACGUCUAUUCCCAGCACAUCCAUGAACUGUGUUGCAGGUGAUGAAGCCCUACAGGCUUUGAACUCUGAUAUUUUUGACAGUGAAAAUCAGCUUGAAGGCUGUAGGGCGGAGGAAUCCUCUCCAGCACCUGUAAUCACAUCAGAAAAUACAAACUGUGAAAGGAACAGCUGCUGUAAAGUUACCACAGAAGAGCCCCAGAAAGGGACAAGUGCAGCAUCACGCAGAAACGCCUCCAAGCACCAGGCGCUUCUCAGCUUACAGCUGGGGUUAACCUGUUAUAAAGACUUUCUGGGAACCAACUGGUCACAAGAGGCCUUGAACCUGCAAAAACGUGGAGACGUGGAGGUUGGAGACCCUCAGGCCUUCCUGGCUCAGCCUCUUGGUGUUGGGGCUGUUAUGGUCACCUCAGAUGGACAGGUGGUUAUGCUCAGAAGGAGUCAGAAGGUUGCAGAGGCAGCGGGGCUCAUUGACAUACCUGGUGGUCACCCUGAGCCUAAGGCUGUGUGUCAAGGUGUGAGUGAGGAGGCCAUCAGCGUGGACCUGAUGCAGGACAGUGAGAGAGCCGUUAUUUCAGAGAUCUUCUCCUCAGUGUGUGCAGAAAUCAGAGAUGAGGUAAAUGUUCCCCUCAGUUUCCUCAGCGCUCCUGUUCUGAUGGGAAUAGCACUAAACCACACCAGCGCAGGACGACCCAGUGCAGAGUUUUACAUCAGGUGUUCUCUGACGAUGGAGGAGGUGAAGGACUUUUACUGGCGAGGAGGUCCAGAAGCUCAUGAAUCUACUGAUAUAGUGUUUGUGAAUAGGGAGGAGAUGCAGCAGUUGGACGAAAGCGCCUCCCUGUGGUCAGAACUGUGCCCUUCAGCCAAAGGAGCAGUGUUGCUGUACCGAUUAGUGAGGCCUGAUGGAGUUUAAUAUACACACAAAAUGCAAUGCAAAGCAGUGAGAAAAGCAGAGAAACAAGGGUUUAACAAAUACUAAUAAAAUAACAAAAAAAAGAAACAUUGGUACAUUGGCGACAUUUUUUUUAAGGUUUACCAAAAACCUUGAUUGCCAAAAUAAUAAUCUUGAUUGCUGUAGUAACCCUCCGCUUAAAUGGAAAAGAAAUGACAAGAAUAUUUAUAUCAGAAAAAGUAAGCAAAUCUUUGAUCUUUGUUUAUUAUUAUUUUAUUAUAAUUUAUUAUAACUUCUAAAAUAGAAGUUUAUCUGCAAUUUCAACACAAUGGAAUUCUCACUAACCUGUCCAGUGUAAGGCUGGUAGUGAUCCCAGUACUGCUGUGCAUCACUGCUCUGGCCAUAAGGCUAUGCAAAUGAAGAAAGGUGCCUUCCCUUAAAGACCCUUAAGCACAUUGUAUAAAGCUAUUUAUCUAUUUAUUGCAGUAAGAGAUCUUUAUAAAAACACCACAACUAGAGCCGGGCAAUAUAUCAAUAUUUUAUGUAUUGUGGUAAUAUUAAGUUUUGUGUAUGUAAGUAUUGAAAAUAUAUCAAGCAUAUUAUCAAUGCUUAAAUAACAGUACCUUUCAUUACAGAGAGUGUAAAAAAUCCUGUUAAAUUGGAUGCUGUGCAGCAAAAAUGUAAUAAACAUCACUGAACUACACAUGCAAGAGUAUGUGAAUAGCAGUUUUGAGUAAACCACCACAGCUGAUGCAUUUUGUCAGAAUAUUGUAAAAAACUGUGUAUUGUAAAUGUCCUUAAAUUUCGUGAUAAUAAUUUCACUAUAUCGCCCGGGUUAGCACCUGGAGAAGCCGGCUCUAGUUCAGGGCCUGAAGCGUCUGGAUAUCCGGCUCUGUCUGCCCCUGUUUAGCACCUGGAGCGUCCGGCACUGAAGCCGGUCAGACAGCGCCGGAGACCAGGUUGUUUGGAUGUUAGCAUAGGGAGUUAGCUAACUCUCCGCCUCCUCCGGCUCUUGGAGGUAGGCGGUCAGUCACAAACCCUGGAAAUGUCAGCCAAUAGCAUACACUCAGGGAGGUAUUUACAUUCAUGUCUGUGUGAAACCAGACUAAACAAUGAGAGAAAACGCUCCAAGUAAACGAACCCAUCAACUGAUUCGGACUAGAGAAACCAAAUACAGGUGUGACAACGCCCUUAAGUAACAUGGAUCAGCUUUCUAAUUUAACAGUAAAUUAUUUUACUGUAAUAAUAAAUAUUAUAAUGAAACGUGUUAGCAAAUUAUUUUAUUUAGAAGUCCACUUAAAAUCAUUACGUGCAAUACAGUUUCUAGCUUGUCCUUAACUGAUACAUUCAGUAAUAAUAAUAAUAAUAAGAAGAAGAAUAGUUGUUGUCGUUGUUAUUAUUAUUAUUAUUAUUAUUGUUAUAUAAUUAUUAUACAAUGCAAUACAAUACAAUACAAAAUGCAAUAUAAAAUUAUUAGCCUUUCACAGACAAGCUGAUUACAGAUUCAUAAACCUAAUUUCUCACCUCAUGAGCUGUUACUUUGGAACAAUAAAUAUGUUAUGUAUACAUCUCAUGAAUAUGUGGUUUAACAAUAACCUUUUGUUCAUUCAACAGUUACAGUUAAUGAUAUUCAUAGUUUUAACUCUUGUAAGGUGAUGAGUACCUGGGUCAUUCUUGGGAUUAGAUGCCAUUUGGACCUCAAACCUUUUUGAAAAUUAAAUAUUGUUAUUACACAUGUUCAAUUUAUGUUUAUUAAUUUUGGUCAAACUCAGGCAAUUUGUAGCAUUUAUUAAAACAUUUUUAUUUUUAUUGUUUAAGUCUCUGACCUAGGAUGUCCACUCUGUAACAGACAUAUGCAUUGAAUUAUCUAAAAGCCAGCAUGUCCCUUUUUAGCUUUGAAGUUUUUAUGUAUUCUUUAUUUGUACACAGAUAUUUUAUAAAUUGUGUAUCUGAAUUCUCAGCAGUACAUGAUUUCACUUUUUUAUGUUUAGAUAAAAAUGGAUUCUAUAAGUAUUUCGAUUGUUUUUUAGAAUGCAUGCUUUAGAUAUUAAUUAUUUGUAUUAUCUUAUUUAAAUUAUAGAUAGAAAACCUAUAUAUAACAG